CUCCCCGACCUGACGACCCAUCCUGCGGCGGCGCCGGCGUACGAGACCGGCGUUGAGGGGCGGAGGCAUCGUCAACCAUGGUGCACGUCAACUUCUACCGCAACUACGGUAAGACUUUCAAGAAGCCAAGGCGUCCGUAUGAGAAGGAGCGUCUUGAUGCUGAGCUGAAACUGGUGGGGGAGUAUGGCCUCAGGUGCAAGCGUGAGCUGUGGCGUGUGCAGUAUGCCCUUAGCCGCAUCCGUAAUGCUGCAAGGGAGCUGCUCACCCUUGAUGAGAAGAAUCCCCGUCGUAUCUUUGAAGGCGCGGCUCUCCUGCGUCGCAUGAACCGCUAUGGUCUCCUUUCUGAGGACCAGAACAAGCUUGAUUACGUGCUUGCGCUCACUGUUGAUAACUUCCUUCAGCGCCGCCUCCAGACCAUUGUCUUCAAGAACGGCAUGGCCAAAUCCAUCCAUCAUGCUCGUGUGCUCAUCAGACAACGCCACAUCAGAGUUGGGAGGCAGCUUGUCAACAUUCCGUCGUUCAUGGUGAGAGUUGACACUGAGAAGCAUGUCGACUUCUCCCUGACCAGCCCACUUGGUGGUGGUGAGCCUGGAAGGGUCAAGAGGAAGAACCAAAAGAAGGCUGCAGGUGGUGGUGGUGGUGGUGAUGGUGAUGAGGAGGAAGAGUGAUCAAAUGAUUCAGCUCUCUUAUUUUUGGUAGAACCUAAUUUUGCUGUCACCUGGUAGAACCUGAUUUUGUUACAUGCCUCUGAACAAAGGUUGGUCACCGUGGGUGUCUAGAAUUGCUCUUUCCAGUUCUUGAAUCCAUCAUUGCAAAGAUUUGGUUUGAUACUUGCAAGUUCUGUCCCCUGAUCAUCUAAUGGACGUCUGAAUUCUGUGGCGCUAUUGUUAUGAGGUUCACUUCUAAUAGUUUUCGGUACUCU